UUGGGUCCACAAGUCGGAAGCUUGUGCACUGCUCCAGCGCUGAGCCGCCGUGGGGAAAAAAUGGAGCCGUUCACCAGUGAUCGGCUUCAGCUCCCCAGGAACAUGAUUGAAAACAGCAUGUUUGAGGAAGAGCCGGAUGUGGUGGAUUUAGCCAAAGAACCUUGUUUACAUCCCCUGGAACCCGAUGAGGUGGAAUAUGAGCCUCGAGGUUCAAGAUUACUUGUUCGUGGUCUUGGAGAACAUGAGAUGGAUGAAGAUGAAGAGGAUUAUGAAUCAUCAGCAAAACUGCUGGGCAUGUCUUUCAUGAACAGAAGCUCGGGUCUACGGAAUAACAUAACUGGCUAUCGACAAGGUCCUGAUGGACCUUGUUCACUGCCCUCGGGAAGGACCAUGCUGGUGUGUACUUUUGUCCUUGUGGUUGCUGUUUCAGUGAUAAUGGUGAUUUACCUUCUUCCCCGGUGUACCUUUACCAAAGAAGGCUGCCAUAAGAAAAAUCAGUCCAUGGAACUAAUACAACCUAUUGCAACUAAUGGGAAGUUGUUUCCUUGGGCACAAAUUAGGCUUCCCCAAAACAUAAUACCAUUACAAUAUGAACUCACCAUACAACCAAACCUCACCACAAUGAAAUUCAAGGGUUCUGUGGAGAUAAAGAUUCAGGCCCUUAAAGUCACUCAGAACAUUAUUCUUCAUAGCUCUGGGCACAAUAUCUCCAAAAUAUUAUUUACUUCAGUAGUUUCGAAGCAAGAGAAACAGGUUGAAUUCUUGGAAUAUAAAUUUCAUGACCAAAUUGCAAUUAUAGCCCCUGAAGUGCUUUUGGACGGUCACAACUACACCCUGAAGAUAGACUACUCAGCAAAUAUAUCCAACAACUACUAUGGAUUUUAUGGAGUCACAUAUGAAGAUGAAAAUAAAGAGGAAAAGUACUUUGCAGCAACUCAGUUUGAACCUCUUGCAGCAAGGUCUGCUUUUCCUUGUUUUGAUGAACCAGCAUUUAAAGCAACAUUUAUCAUCAAGAUUGUCAGGGAGGAGCACUAUACAGCUUUGUCAAAUAUGCCCAAGAAGUCAUCUGUUCAAAUUGAAGAUAAGCUUAUUAAAGAUGAAUUUUUUGAGAGUGUGAAAAUGAGUACAUAUCUAGUUGCUUUCAUUGUGGGAGAACUGAAGAAUAUGACCCAGGAAACCAAUGGAACUCUGGUUUCCAUUUACACUGUCCCAGAGAAGAUCGACCAAGUCAAACCUGCUCUUGAUACAGCAGUGAAGCUUCUUGAAUUUUUUCAGCACUAUUUUGAAAUUGACUAUCCUCUUCAGAAAUUAGAUUUGGUAGCUAUUCCUGACAUUCAAGCUGGAGCUAUGGAAAAUUGGGGUUUAAUCACUUUCCGAGAAGAAACGCUUUUAUAUGAUAAUGAAACUUCUUCAGUGAUGGAUAAAAAGCUGGUUACAAGAAUAAUUGCGCAUGAGCUAGCUCAUCAGUGGUUUGGCAAUCUAGUAACUAUGCAGUGGUGGAAUGAUCUUUGGCUAAAUGAAGGAUUUGCUACUUUCAUGGAGUAUUUCUCCUUGAACAAAAAUUUCAGACACUUAUCAAGUUAUGAAGAUUUCUUGAAUGCUCGUUUUAUGACCAUGAAGAAGGAUUCUCUGAAUUCAUCUCAUCCAACCUCAUCUUCUGUUCAAUCUUCAGAGCAAAUUGAAGAAAUGUUUGAUUCACUUUCAUAUUUUAAGGGAGCAUCUCUUUUGUUAAUGCUGAAGACUUUUCUGACAGAAGAUGUGUUUCAACAUUGUAUCAUACUUUAUUUACAAAAUUACAGUUAUGCAUCAAUUCAAAGUGAUGACCUUUGGAAUACUUUUAAUGAGGUCACAAAAAGUCUGGAUGUAAAAAAGAUGAUGAAAACUUGGACCCUGCAGCCAGGAUUUCCUUUAGUGACUGUUCAAAGAAAAGGGAAACAAAUUUUGGUACAGCAAGAGAGAUUCUUUCUAAGUACUACAGAUUCUGGAAUUCAUCCUUUGGAUUCAAGCCAUCUGUGGCAUAUUCCACUUUCCUACAUAACAAGUGACUGUAAGGCACAUGACUGUCCUUAUGUGGCAUUACUAGACAAAAAAUCAGAUGUCCUCAAUCUUACAGAAGAAGUACAGUGGGUUAAGUUCAAUGUAGAUAUGACUGGGUACUACAUAGUACACUAUGCAGAUCAUGACUGGGAAGCACUCAUUCAGCAACUGCAAAGAAACAUUAGUGUCCUGAGUGACAAAGACAGAGCCGGCCUUAUCAACAAUAUUUUUGAGCUUUCAAGCUUAGGAAAGGUACCUCUGAAAAAGGCCUUUGAUUUGAUUGAUUACCUUGGAAAUGAAACCCACACUGCACCCAUCACUGAAGCCCUCUUCCAAACUGAUCUCAUCUAUAACCUGCUUGAAAAAAUUGGAGAGCUAGAGCUAGCUAAAAGAUCUGUGAACAGAGUGGCGAAAUUACUUCAGCAGCACAUCCAGCAACAAACUUGGACUGAUGAGGGGACCCUGUCAAAGAGAGAACUCCGGUCAAUCUUGCUAGACUUUGCCUGCACCCAUCAUCUAGAGAACUGUACUACAGACGCCAUGAAGCUUUUUCAAGAAUGGGUAGAUUCUAAGGGUACUAAAAGGUUGCCAACUGAUGUAAUGCCAGUGGUAUUCAAAGUGGGAGCAAAAACUGAGGCAGGCUGGACAUUCUUGUUUGAAAGAUAUGGCUCUUCAGAAUCAGAAUCUGAAAGAAACAAAAUCCUUGAAGCUCUUGCCAGCUCAGAGGAUGUUCGGAAACUUCACUGGUUAUUGAAAGCUAGUCUUGAUGGAGAUAUCAUCCGUUCACAAAAGUUGGCCAUGAUCAUUAAAAUUGUUGGCCGAAGUUUUGCUGGACAUUUAUUGGCAUGGGAUUUUGUCAAAGAGAAUUGGAGUAGGCUUAUACAGAAAUUCCAUUUAGGAUCCUAUACCAUUCAGAGUAUUGUUGCUGGCACAACUCAUCUGUUUGCAACAAAGACACAUUUGUCUGAGGUAAAGAUGUUCUUUGAAGCCCAAUCAGAGACAACGGCAAGACUCCGUUGCGUCCAGGAGGCCAUUCAGAUCAUCCAGUUGAAUAUCCAGUGGAUGGAGAACCACUUAAAAAAUCUGCCUUUGUGGCUGUAGAGUCCGUGCUAUCAUCUCUUUGUGUUUGACAUUCAGAAAGUUUGUGAAAUGUUCAUCUGUUGUUGCUUUUGCAAAAGCCAGGAUGAACCCGGGUAUCACUGCAAAGCUGUUUGCACUAUUAGGUGUUCUAGUGAGCUCAGGGCACAUCCUUUUGAUAUUUUGUCUGUGUUUUCUAGAGUGCCUCUGGGUAGGAUAUAGAAUAUUUAUUAUGGAACUGUGUUUACCUGUGUCUACCAAAUAUCUGUAAGAAUCUUUAAAUUAAGAACGUACAAAUUGAAAGGGAUGGGGAGGUGAGAUUCCAUUUUGAAACUGGUUUGGGUUUUCAAUAGUGGAAAAGUAUUGACACAGUCAAAAAAGAGAAGAGCUAUUAUGUAAGCUUUUUUCUUUGCAAAAUUCUAGUUUAUCAGUGUCCCUUAGACCAAGAUCCUGUUGCUUUAUGGUGUAUAGAUAUUGUUCAGAAUAUAAGGCCUAGUAAAACCUCAGAAAGUUUCAUAGGGAAGCCAGAUAAUGAAACAUUUAGCUAUAGUGAAUUAAAGCCAAGUGUUAAUGGGUUGGGUUUGGCUUCAAAUUAUGAGUAUGCAACUUUAAAAAAAAAUUCAUUAUAAAUAGGAUAUUGAGCUGUUAUUUGUAUUUUUGUCUGUUGAGUAGCCAGGUGCUACAAAUCUUAAAAAUAUCUAUUAUAUAUGAAAGCCAAAUAUCUGGAAAGAAUCUAAAUUGUUGGGUCUAUUUUGAUUGUGUGUAUGUGUAUGUGUGUGUGUUCAUAUAUUUGGACAUGUUUGUUUGUUCACUUACUUUUGGGCAGCCCCUAAAACAUUGCCAUAGGAAAUUACUUCAGGUUGGGUCAGAUGUUAAUUGUAGUUUAACUUUUUCCUUAACUACUGAUUUUUUCCACACAGUUUCCUCCCCCCUCCAAAAACAUCCCUAACCAAAACCAUUCCCAUAUACUCCAAUAUCAGCUCAGCCCACUCCCUAACUUUUGAAUUUAGGGACAUAUCAUUAAAUGGUAUGUUUUAUGUUCUGGUAGCACUCAUGUCUUUUAAGUUUGAUUUCCCAUUGUCUUAGUUGCCUUAGAGAUUAAAGAGAUUUUCUCACUAUAUUGUCCUCACCGUUGUAUUUUUAUUUGACUUGAUGAAGAAGUAUAUUAGUUUAUAGUUUUCAGGACAUUUUAGAAACCAAAAUAUUUCAUGUGAUAUUUCACAUUUUAUGUAGAAGGAGAAAAAGAUGAAAUUUCUUAUAAAAAUGUUUGACUUUUAAUUUUUUUAGUUUCAGAAACAGUACAUAAUUGAAAACUUCUUUUUCUGUUAUUUUAAUUAAAGUAACAGUUAUUUUUAAGGAAAUAGUAAAUUCAAGCCCAGAGCAACUGUGAACUAUGCCAUUCUGACACUUGCUGUGAGGCUAUGGAGGCUGUAUCUGAAUAAUUUGAACUAUGCAGACACAGUCCCAGAUUUUUAUGUUUCACUCCUUAGGAGAAAAGAUUCUUCUUCAAAUUCUUGGGUGUUUUUUUUCCCCACAAUUUGCUUUAAAAUAAUUUUCUAUUUUUAAAAAAAGAGACCUUUGUGUUGCUUUAGAAAUGUCCAUAGUUGAGUGAUAGAAAAGGGUACAUUUUUCAUGAAGUAAGAAAGUUAUUAGUCAAAUAUCAGUUAUUUUAAGUUAUAUGUGAGAUUGUUUAUGAAAUUAUAUUUUAUUUUGUGUAAAAUAUUUUUAUAUUGAAUUUAAAAGGAAAGCAAGUUACACAAUAGCCUUUUUUUUUAAAUAUGGAAAUGAUAGUGUGUUCUUUUUUCCCAGUGCACUUUCUUUCCCACCACUUAUCUCCAUCAAUUUCAGAAUAGAAAAUAUAAUAAAUAUCCUGACAAUCACAUUUAAGGUACCAGGGUGCCAUGUUGAAACUAUUGGAAAUUUAGGAAUUUAGUCUAUUUUUAUACUUAGAAAAUUAAGGGACAAAUUAAUUGAUGUGAGAAAACUAUUAUGAUCCUAAAUUUGGAAGUCAGUUGACUUUGGAGGAUUUUUUUUUUAAUCAUGUUGUAUUUUUAAUCAUGUAUAUAUAUAUAUAAUCACAUUUCCAGUCUCUAAGGCAUUUCUUCUUUUGAAAUUUACUUUUUCUUUUUAACUUUGGCACUGUAAGUGGAGCCAAAUAUUUUAUAUUAAGCAUUAUAAAAGAAAAGAUUUCUCAUGAUCCAUUUCUGACCUUUUUUUUUUUUUCCAGAUAAUGUUUAUUUCCAUGCUUUGGUUUUGUACUCAUUGGGCUAAAUACUUGAUAGUGUCAGACUUAUUCUGAACCCAUCCAUAUGACAACUGUUUUUGAAACUAUAGAAUGAAUCAUAAAGAUUCAAGAUUAAUGAGAUCUGAGAGACAGAGGCAUGCUUUUGCAUAAACACACAGAUUGAUGACUGAAAAUUUAAUGACUCUUUAUACCUUGUACAAAUAGGGUUUGGGCACCUAACAGAGUAGAGGAUGGUGGAGGAAAAUUAAUUUAUUUUGAAGCAAUGAAGCUUAAAAGAGAGAAACAAAAUUAUUGUUUUGCCCAAAGUGUGUCAUUUUCAGUAUAGAAAUAAUUGAAUGUUUUAGUCUGCAAAGUAUUUUGAAACUUCUACCAUAAGCUAGUGCCUUUCUGCAUUUUAUUAAGCUUAUUUAUAAACUACUUUUAAAAGCUAUUGUGGUGUUUGAUCAUUGUUGAAGAGUUUCAUAUAUUCCAAGAAUCUGUGAUAAUUCUCUCCAUCACAGAUUCCAACCUAUACUCAUUUUCCCCCAAAUGGUAAUUUAUUAAUAUCUAUUUUUGUAAAUAUGGAGAAUAAAAUGGGAACAGCCUAUACAAGUCUUGUUUCCAGAAAUUGACUGGAUUUAGAAUUAGAUUGAUAAAGAGAACUCAUAAUUUCAAAGUUUUGAAAAUAAUAUAAAGGGAUCUCAAGAUAGUAAAUAUUUGUGAGUUAAGUUAGUCAACAAGCAUUUAUUAAGCACUGAAGGUGCUAAUAGCCUACUAAGAAUAGGACCCAUAGAGUAAGUUUUUGAAAGCACGAAGCCUAGGAUUAUGCCACAAAGAACUGUAAUCUAUAGCCAAACUAUUGCACAUUCAGAGCACUUAAAUAGAUAUAUUUUUCAUGUGAAUAUUGCAGAAUUAUAUACAUUUUAGAAGAUGAAUCAUUUUUAAGGACUGUUGCAACUAUUUGAUCUAGGUUUUUAGAGCUCCCUUAAGAAUUGAAAUCCUGUGCACUGUAUCAUCUUUCUCCCCCCUAGCCCCAAAUGCUUUUAUUUUUUCCUAAGGUGUAUUUGUUUUUCUUUUUUCUUUUUUUCAAAUGUAUGUAGUCAUGCAUGUUACACAUGCAUCCAUAAUUUGGUUUUGCUACUUUUUUCAGUCAUUUUUUCCCAGGUACUAGUGAAUCUGCAGCAGUCCAUAUAAAUGGCUAUGUUUAUCUAAUGACUACAAAUGUACUUGACAAUUUCCAGUAUAUUUGUUUUGUAAGCAGCCCAGGACUCUCUCUAGUUUUCUUUGCUUUAGGCUGGAUCUUUGCCCCUUGGCUUAAAGUUGCAUCAAUGUGGUGGCCUUGUUAAUGGUAGCAGAUGUGGAGUAAAUUAGAUGAAUGUCUGUUUAGAAAAGAAGGAAGGGAGAUGUUACAGACCUAUUAUGGAAACAAAUCAUAUCCAUCAUUACUUGUGAUGAAUAAAAGAUAUUGAAAACUCAGCAAAGCAAAUUUUUAGAAGUACAUAGAUUUGGGUGGGCAGGAAAAAACUUAAAAGAGAUUAACUUGCCAGUUAUGUAAAAAUAAAACUGUGUAUGGUCCUAUAAAAUAAUCUCAUUGACUGUAAGAAGGACUCAGUCAAGGGAUUAUAAAAAUGUAGCUCACCUGAAAAUUGUUAGAAUUGUGAGAAAUCUGACUGUAGAAUGCCAUUCUAGUUGUUUCAGUAACAUUGUGAGUAUGUGUUUAGUAAGUACUGUUAGUCAACAAUAUUUACUAAGGACCUAUUAUGUGCCUAGGUAUUGUGUUCACCCAUAUGGUUACAAAAAAGGUCAGAGAUAUUUUUUCUUUUUUGAGGAGCUCACAGUCUUAUUGAAAGACAAGUCUGUGUGCAAACAAACUCUGUGUUGGAUAAAUUGGAGAUAAUCAAGAGAAGGAAAGUAUUAGCAUGAAGAGGAAUCAGGAAAGGCUUCUUCCAGAAAGUUCAAUUUUAGCUGGGACUUCAGGAAAGAUAGGAGAUAGAGAGGGAGAGAAUUCCAGUCAUAAGGUAUAGCCAGUGAAAAUUCAUGGAGGAUCUAGUAUGAAGAACAACAAGGAGGCUAGUGUUAUUGGACUUCAGAGCAUUGGGCAUGAGGGAUGGAAUAAGAUAUAAGGUGUAGGAGGUACUAAUUAUGAAGGGUUUUGAUUACCAGAGUAUUUAAUACUUUAUCUCAAAGAUGAUAGGGAGCCACUGGAGUUUAUCCAAUGGAAGGUUAACAUGGUUAGCCCUGCAGUGAGUGGACAAUGACCUGAAGUGUCUAGCUCUAAGAUGAUGAUGGUCUAUACUGGGGUACGGCACAUUGGGUGAUGUUUUUGAAUUUGUGUUCCUACAUUGUGGUCAAUACAAAUAUAGGUACCACAUCAAUGUGAUGUUAGUAGAUUUUUCUUCCUUGUGUCUAUGUGCUAGGGAUUUCACCCAUGCCCCCAAACCUGAUUUAUGACCCCUUCUUUGUCAUUAGGUGUUUUCCAUUAGAUAGAACGUUCCUUUUUCUGAUAUAAUUCUUGCUGUUGCCUGUCUUACAGGAUGUUAUCUCUGAAAUGUAAAAUAAGACUGCUUCAUUAACUGUACAUUUUUGUAUGCUUUUCAUGUAUCCAUAGACUAGUAUGUUAGCUUUCAGCAUUCUAGUAUCAUAUUUCACAGUUGCUUCAUCUGCCACAUGGUAAAUGUUACUGUUCCACAUUUGGCUAUAUCAAAGGAAAUGAAUGUGUAAACAUUUUAAUAGCAUCUUAACAUAAUUUGUUUUUACUGCUAUUUAUUAAGAUGCUACUCUGUCCUAAAGGUUUGUAUUACUUUAUUUUUUUCCCCCAAAGGGCAUUGACUUCAGGAAUGCCAUAUGAUUUCGAGGAAAGUUGCAAACAAAUGUUAUUUUCCACAUUAAACUCUCAGGUUAUAUUGUUGAAAAAUUAGUUUAUUUUUUGCUGUUACUUAAACCUGCUGCUGUAGUAGAAAUAUAGAAGUUUAUAUGUGAUCAUAAAUAAGGGAGAAUGGGAACCUUUUUUGAGUUAGUCAUGAUGGUGAUUUAGUAAGUUCUGUAUGGUUCUCAAUCUAAAAUAUUUACUUCAAAAAGAAUCAAUUUUGGCCUGAUUGAAUAAAAUGCUCCAGAAGUUGCACUGAAAGAAACAAACCAUCAAUAAAUAUAUAAUAUAUGUGUGUAUGUAUAUAUGAGAAUAUAUAGUAUGAUAUUAUAAAUGGAGCAUUUGCAUCAACUUACUAAACUCACAUUGAGAGAAAACUAAGUCCUAUAAUUAAGUCUUAGUCCAACUAAGUCUUGAUAAAGCCAAGUACUGAAGCUAUAAAGAAAAGUAGCUUUCAAGUACUUUGGGAAUUCAUAACUUAGAAACUUGUAAAGGAAUAACACUUUUGUAUUUUAAUGCCUUUAGACGUAUACAAUACAAAUCUUGUGUCUAUCCUUUGACCAGAGGAAUUCUAAGCUUGUAUCAUAACUUGCUUUUAGGUGGGAGAUUUUUGAAAAUAGGAUGUAUAUAUGAUAUUGUAUAUGCAAAUGUGUUUAGUUUCACUUGUAAAGGGGGGGAAAAGGCUUAUUUUCUUUACACUUAAAUAAAUGGUUUUGCAUAUAACCGGCACUGACUGAAAGGCAUGUGUAACUGCAUACACUGUUGCUUUUUUUUGUGAAAUGAAAAUAAAUAUUUAAAUACAAGAA